AUGAUGCCGAGGCUGACUGAAUAAUCGCCGCUGAAUAAUAACUGCUGAAUAGGGAUGCACCGAAUGCACUAUUUUGGAUUCGGCCGAACCCCCGAAUCCUUUGUGAAAGAUUCGGCCAAAUUCUGAACCGAAUCCGAACCGAGGGAAGAAAAGAAAAAAUUUACUUCCUUGUUUUGUGACGAAAAGUCACUUGAUUUCCCUCCCCACCCCAAUUUGCAUAUGCAAAGAAGGAUUUGGCCGAAUCUGAAUCCUGCUGAAAAAGGCCGAAUCCCGAACCAAAUCCUGGAUUCAGUGCAUCCCUACUGCUGAAUAAUAACUGCUGAAUAGAUAAAAUCCCGGCUGACUCCAUCUUCUUAUCCAUGGGACGAGCGGCAUGUUCAGAAGGAAGAGAAGUAUUUGUGGAUAAGAGAAGAAUUGCUGAAUGAAUUGAGGGAUUUCUCCCAGCAGCCCUGCUUGUGUCCCACAAAUCUGAUGUUUCUGUAGCUACAACAGCUCCCCACAUUCUUAUUUACUCCCCAAUCCUUAUUGAUGGGGGGGAGCAGCCGUUACUGACGCUACUUCCUGUCUGGCACAUGUGCAGCAGCACCGCCUCACUUUGCGGCACUCAGGAGUCCGACUGUACAAAGAGGGGCGCGAGGCUACAGUGAGAGAAGAAGUCGCUCGCUGCUGAUACAUUGGCAGAGAUUAGAAGCUUCCCGGGUGCAGAGGGAUCAGUGAGACAGAGCGGGAAUCUAUAAGUCUCUCUGUGACAGAACAACGGCCCCAAACAAAUCUACAGCUCGGACACUAGUAAAGCGCAUGCGCAAUAGACGUGUCUAACAAAAGGCCACAAAGAUUAAAACUACAAAUUCCGUAAUCCUUCAGAGGGAUAACUCGCUACAUACCUGUCGCAACUCCAGCGCUUGGCAUUCUGGGGACUGUAGUUCCGGAGCGAAAACGAGUCCUUCCUGUGCGAGUCUGCGCAUGCGCGCUAUAAAACUUUAGUCAUCUCUGCGCUUGCGCAUUACUAGGCCUCUGGUCCUUUCCUGCCUGAUUACGAGCCGGGUUGCCGCGUGUGUGGAGUCGGGCGUGACUGAUCCACCGGCACCAUGUCGCGUUUCUUUGCCACCGGCUCAGACAGUGAGUCCGAAUCAUCGCUCUCCGGAGAUGAGAUCCUUCCCAAGCCCGUGGGGGGCACCUUUGGCAAACAGCCCAUCAUUCUCAGUGACGAUGAGGAGGACACCAAGAGAGUGGUGCGCAGCGCCAAGGAUAAAAGGUUCGAGGAACUGACCAACCUGAUCAAGACCAUCCGCAACGCCAUGAAGAUCCGGGACAUGACCAAGUGCCUGGAGGAGUUUGAGCUGCUGGUCAAGGCUUUUAUCAAGGCCAAGAACAUCGUGGACAAAGAGGGGGUCCCCCGUUUCUACAUCCGCCUGCUCUCUGACCUCGACGACUAUCUGAAUGAGUUAUGGGAGGACAAAGAGGGCAAGAAGAAGAUGAACAAGAACAACGCCAAGGCCCUGAGCACCUUGCGCCAGAAGCUGAGGAAAUACAACCGCGACUUUGAGGCGUCCAUCACUGCCUACAAACAGAAUCCUGAGGAAUCUGCUGACGAAGACCAAGAGAAGGAUGAAGAUUCAGAGGCUUCCUCUUCCAGUGAUGAUGACAGCGAUGAAGGGAUGAGUGCCAGCAAGUUCCUAAAGAAGGCUGAAUCCGCCCCACCUGAAUCCCGCAGCAAGUUCCUCAAGAAAGAGGAGGCGGAGGAUGAGGCGGAGUCGUCGGAGGAUGAAGAUUGGGGCUCAGACUCGGAUGAAUCUGAUUCGGAUGAAUCAGAUGAUGAGAACAAACACGCGUCUAUGGCUUCUCGCUUCUUGAAGAAGACGGUGACAGAGGGCGACCGCCAGGCAGUCGAGAAGAAGAAGGAGGACAAAGCCAAGAAGAAGCAGCAUCGCAAAGUGAAGAGGAAGGAUGAGGAGGGAGAGGAAGGAGAAGAAGAUGACAACGAAGGUGGAGGCGAGUGGGAAAAAGUGAAAGGAGGCGUUCCAUUGGUUAAGGAAAAGCCCAAGAUGUUUGCUAAAGGCACAGAGAUCACUCCUCCUAUCGUGGUCAAGAAGCUGAAUGAGAUCCUGCUGGCCAGAGGCAAGAAGGGCACAGACAGGGCAGCUCAGAUUGAACUCCUUCAGUUGUUGGCCGGAAUUGCAGAGGAAAAUAACUUGGGCCAAGGAAUCGCUGUGAAGAUCAAGUUUAACAUUGUGGCUUCUCUGUAUGAUUACAAUACAAACCUGGCUACCUACAUGAAGUCAGACAUGUGGAAGAAGUGCUUGGACUGUAUCCAUGAUCUCCUGGACAUUCUCUUCGCCAACUCCAACAUGUUUAUUGGGGAGCACAUCGUUGAGGAUUCUGAAAAUCUGAGCAACUUGGAGCAGCCCCUCCGUGUCCGUGGCUGUAUCCUCACCCUGAUCGAGAGGAUGGAAGAAGAGUUUACUAAAAUCAUGCAGAAUACAGACCCUCACUCACAGGAGUAUGUAGAUAACCUGAAGGAUGAGGCGCGAGUGUGCGAGGUGAUUGAGAGAGCCCAGAAGUACCUGCAGGAGAAGGGGAGCACGGAGGAGAUCUGCAGGGUUUACCUGAGAAGGAUCAUGCACACCUACUACAAAUUCGACUACAAGGCUCACCAGAGGCAGCUCAGCACCGAACAGGAGUCCAAGUCGGAGCAAGACCAGGCGGAGAACGAGGCAGAGGACAGUGCGAUCCUUAUGGACCGACUGUGCAAGUACAUAUACGCCAAGGACAGGACAGACCGAAUCCGAACCUGUGCCAUCUUGUGCCACAUCUACCAUCAUGCACUGCACAACCGCUGGUUCCAGGCUCGUGAUCUCAUGCUGAUGUCUCAUCUGCAGGACAAUAUCCAACAUGCAGACCCUCCCGUACAGAUCCUGUAUAACCGCACCAUGGUACAGCUGGGCAUCUGUGCAUUCCGCCAGGGCAUGAUCCGAGAUGCCCACAAUGCUCUGCUAGACAUCCAGUCCAGUGGCCGAGCCAAGGAGCUGCUGGGGCAGGGGCUUCUGAUGAGGACCAUGCAGGAGAGGAAUCAGGAGCAGGAGAAGAUAGAAAAGAGGCGGCAGAUCCCAUUCCACAUGCACAUCAACCUGGAGCUGCUGGAGUGUGUCUAUCUGGUGUCGGCCAUGUUGCUGGAGAUUCCAUACAUGGCUGCACAUGAGUUUGAUGCCAGGAGAAGGAUGAUUAGCAAACAGUUCCACCACCAGCUCCGUGUGGGCGAGAGGCAACCACUUCUAGGACCCCCGGAGAGCAUGAGGGAACAUGUAGUCGCUGCUUCCAAAGCAAUGAAGAUGGGAGACUGGAAGACCUGCAAGAACUUCAUCAUCAACGAGAAGAUGAACGGGAAGGUGUGGGACCUGUUCCCGGAGGCCGAGCGAGUCCGGGGCAUGUUGGUCAGGAAGAUCCAGGAGGAAUCUCUGCGCACGUAUCUCUUCACCUACAGCAGUGUGUACGACUCCAUCAGGAUGGGCAUCCUGGGCGACAUGUUCCAGCUGGAGAUUCCCACAGUUCACAGCAUCAUUAGUAAGAUGAUUAUUAAUGAGGAGCUGAUGGCGUCGCUGGACCAGCCCACACAGACAGUGGUGAUGCACGGCACAGAGCCCAGCUCCCUACAGAACACCGCCCUGCAGCUGGCCGAGAAGCUCGGGAACCUGGUCGAGAACAACGAGAGGAUAUUUGACCAUAAGCAGGGCAGUUACGGGGGCUACUUCAACAGAGGCGACAGAGGCGACAGAGGCGACAGAGGUGACAGAGACCAGAAGGAUCAGUACCAGAGGAAAGAGGGCGGAUACAUGAGAAGAGGCUACCGACGAGACCAGCAGGGCCAGAGCAAUUACUGAUCGGCCAAUGGGCAUUCAUUCUAUAGAAACGGAUCAUCAGCUCCACCUGGUGCUUUUAUUUGUUAUGUAUUAAUAAAGUGAUUCUGCCGAGA